AUGCCGGUCCAUAACACCCAAAGCAAAGUGACCUUGAACCACCCAAAGGGGCCUUCUGCCGAAAUUCUGCUCUAUGGCGCAACCGUCACGUCGUGGAAGGCGGCCAGCCCAGCCAGCGAUGGAUCCUUCCCGACUGAACGCCUCUUUGUCUCGUCCAAGGCCGCUCUAGACGGUUCCAAGCCCGUGCGCGGCGGCAUCCCCGUCGUCUUUCCCUGCUUCGGGGCCCCGGAGCAUCCAGAACACGUCAAGCUCAGCCAGCAUGGAUUCGCGCGCAACUCCGUGUGGGCGUUCGACUCCGUCGUUAUGGACAAUGACGCGGGCGUCUCUGUGCGAUUCACUCUCCAGCCUGACGCGAGCAUCGCGGCGGUAUACGCCCGCUCCUUUGAGCUCGCAUAUGUCGUCACGCUCGCCGAGCACCAGCUGAGCACCGAUCUGCACGUCACGAACCCCGCCUCGAGCCCCCUUGAGUUCCAGGCGCUAUUGCACACAUACAUCCGCGCGCCCGCAAACGACGUGACCAUCUCUGCUCUCGCGGGCAAGUUUUACAUCGACAAGACCGACCCCGACCCUGCGGCGAAGAACACGCUGAAAGAGGAGAAGCGCGAGAAGGUUGACGUGAGGCGAUUCACCGAUGCGAUCUAUGAAAACGCCCCAUCCAAGGUCCAUGUCAUCUGGCCUGGAGGAGGGCUCGAAGUGAGAAUGACAGAGUUUAAGACUCUGACGGUGUGGAACCCUCAAGCACAGGCAGGCAGCAAAAUUGGAGACAUGGAAGAAGGCGGAUGGGAGAGAUAUGUAUGUGUCGAGCCAGGCUACGUACGCGGAUUCAAGAAACUUGAGGCUGGCAAAACUUGGAUCGGGCAACAGGUCCUAACCGUCCUUUGA